AUGAGCGCCGCCGAGGCCGACCGCUGGGCGUGGCUGUUGGUGCUGAGCUUCGUGUUUGGGUGUAAUGUCCUGAGGAUCCUCCUCCCGUCUUUUUCCUCCUUCAUGUCCAGGUUGCUGCAGAAGGAUGCAGAGCAGGAGUCACAGAUGAGAGCAGAGAUCCAGGAUAUGAAGCAAGAGCUCUCCACCGUCAACAUGAUGGACGAGUUUGCCAGAUACGCCAGACUGGAAAGAAAGAUCAACAAAAUGACCGAUAAGCUCAAAACUCACGUGAAAGCACGGACAGCUCAGUUAGCCAAAAUAAAAUGGGUUUUAAGUGUUGCUUUCUACGUAUUGCAGGCUGCACUGAUGAUCUCACUUAUUUGGAAGUAUUACUCAGUUCCUGUGGCUGUGGUACCGACUAAGUGGAUAACCCCACUAGAUCGCCUUGUAGCAUUUCCUACUAGAGUAGCAGGUGGUGUUGGGAUUACUUGUUGGAUUUUAGUCUGUAACAAAGUUGUGGCUAUCGUGCUUCACCCUUUCAGUUGA